GAGUCGUGCAGUUAUGCAAUGGUCUCUGCAAGAUGGUUUAUUCUUGAAUUGGAGCUUUCUAAGACUGACAAAUGCUGGUAUUUCAUCUUCUAUAAGUGGACUAUAAUUUCUUUUGUCAAGACAACUACAUAAGCAGACAAAAUUGCAAAGAUCUGUCCUGUGUAGAGUAUGACAGCCACUACUCGUGGCUCUCCAGUCGAUGGGAAUGACAACCAGGGCCAGGCUCCUGAUGGCCAGUCUCAGCUCCCCCUCCAACAGAAUCAGACUUCAUCACCUGAUUCUUCCAAUGAAAAUUCCCCAGCAACUCCCCCAAAUGAACAAAGGCAAGGUGAUGCCCCACCACGGAUUGAAGAUGAGGAACCUGCAUUUCCACAUACUGACUUGGCAAAGUUGGAUGAUAUGAUCGAUAGGCCUCAAUGGGUGGUUCCAGUUUUGCCAAAAGGGGAAUUAGAAGUACUUUUAGAAGCUGCUAUUGAUCUUAGUAAGAAAGGCCUUGAUGUUAAAAGUGAAGCAUGUCAGCGAUUCUUUCGAGAUGGGCUAACAAUAUCAUUCACUAAAAUCCUUACAGAUGAAGCAGUGAGUGGCUGGAAGUUUGAAAUUCAUAGAUGUAUUAUUAAUAAUACUCAUUGGCUAGUGGAGUUAUGUGUGGCCAAGCUGUCCCAAGACUGGUUUCCACUUCUAGAACUUGCCAUGGCCUUAAAUCCUCAUUGCAAAUUUCAUAUCUACAAUGGUACACACCCAUGUGAAUCAGCUUCCUCAAGUGUUCAGUUGCCUGUAGAUGAAUCUUCUCCAAACCCUCGAUCACCAAAAGGUUGGCUAGUGGAUCUUCUUAACAAAUUUGGCACUUUAAAUGGGUUCCAGAUAUUGCAUGAUCGAUUUAUUAAUGGAUCAGCAUUAAACGUCCAAAUAAUUGCAGCCCUUAUUAAACCCUUUGGACAAUGCUAUGAGUUUCUCACUCUUCAUAUAGUGAAAAAGUACUUUCUUCCAAUAAUAGAAAUGGUUCCACAGUUUUUAGAAAAGUUAACUGAUGAAGAACUGAAGAAAGAAGCAAAGAAUGAAACCAAAAAUGAUGCCCUUUCCAUGAUCAUUAAAUCUUUGAUGAAUUUAGCUUCAAGGGUUCUGGGACAAGAAGAAACUGUAAAAAACUUAGAAAUAUUUAGGUUAAAAAUGAUACUUAGAUUACUACAAAUUUCUUCUUUCAAUGGGAAGAUGAAUGCACUGAAUGAAGUUAAUAAGGUGAUUUCUAGUGUAUCAUGCUACACCCAGCAGCAUGGUAAUACUGAGGAGGAAGAGUGGCUCACAGCUGAACAAAUGGCAGAAUGGAUACAGCAGAACAAUAUUUUAUCUAUAGUCUUGCAAGAUAGUCUUCAUCAGCCACAGUAUGCAGAGAAGCUAGAGAAGAUUCUUAGUUUUGUCAUCAAAGAAAAAGCUCUGACCUUGGAAGAUCUUGAUAAUAUCUGGGCAGCACAGGCAGGGAAACAUGAAGCCAUUGUGAAGAAUGUACAUGAUCUACUGCCAAAAUUGGCAUGGGAUUUUUCACCUGAACAACUUGAUCAUCUUUUUUAUUGCUUUAAGGCUAAUUGGACAAACGCAAGUAAAAAGCAACAUGAAAAGCUACUUGAGCUGAUUCGUCGUCUUACAGAAGACGAUAAAGAUGGUGUGAUGGCACACAAAGUGUUGAACCUUCUGUGGAAUCUAGCCCACAGCGAUGAUAUGCCUGUAGAUAUCAUGGACCUGGCUCUUAGUGCCCACAUAAAAAUACUAGAUUAUAGUUGUUCCCAGGACCGUGACAUACAAAAGAUCCAGUGGAUAAAUCGCUUUAUAGAAGAACUUCGCACAAAUGACAAAUGGGUCAUUCCUGCACUGAAGCAAGUUAGAGAAAUUUGUAGUUUGUUUGGUGAAGCACCUCAAAAUUUGAGUCAAACUCAGCGAAGUCCUCACAUAUUUUAUCUCCAUGUUAAUCAACUUCAGCACAAUCAUGCCCUAGUUACUUUGGUAGCAGAAAACCUUGCAACUUACAUGGAAAGCAUGAGACUGUACGCUAGAGACCACAAAGACUAUGACCCACAAACUGUGAGGCUGGGAAGCAGAUACAGUCAUGUUUAAGAAGUCCAAGAAUGGCUAAACUUCCUUAGAUUUUUACUGAAGGAUGGCCAACUGUGGCUAUGUGCCCCUCAGGCAAAACAAAUAUGGAAAUGCUUAGCUGAGAAUGCAGUUUACCUUUGUGAUUGCAAAGCCUGUUUUAAAUGGUAUUCCAAAUUAAUGGGGGAUGAACCAGACUUAGAUCCUGAUAUUAAUAAGGACUUCUUUGAGCUUCAGCUUGAUCCUACCCUAUUAACUGAAAAUGGAAUGAAAUGUUUUGAGCGAUUCUUCAAAGCUGUGAAUUGUCGAGAAGGAAAACUAGUAGUGAAAAGGAGAGCCUAUAUGAUGGAUGAUUUGGAGUUGAUAGGAUUAGACUAUCUUUGGAGGGUCGUGAUUCAGAGUAAUGAUGAUAUUGCCAGCAGAGCUAUAGAUCUCCUUAAAGAGAUAUGUAUGAACCUUGCUCCAAGGCUGCAGGUCAAUCAGGUGGUGAUCCACAAAGACUUCAUUCAGUCUUGCUUUGAUCAUUUGAAAGCCUCUUAUGACACAUUGUGUGUUUUGGAUGGUGACAAAGACAGUAUUAAUUGUGCAAGACAGGAAGCUGUUCAAAUGGUUCAAGUAUUAACUGUUUUAAGAGAAUAUAUAAAUGAAUGUGACAGCGAUUAUCAUGAAGAAAGAACCAUUCUACCUAUGUCAAGAGCUUUUCACGGUAAACACCUCUCUUUUAUAGUUCGAUUUCCAAACCAGGGCAGACAGGUAGAUGACUUGGAAGUAUGGUCUCAUAUAAAUGAUACAGUUGGUUCAGUUCGACGAUGUAUUCUUAACCGCAUUAAAGCCAAUGUUGCCCAUACAAAAAUUGAGCUGUUUGUGGGUGGAGAGUUGAUAGAUCCUGGAGAUGAGCUGAUUGGACAACUAAACCUGAAAGAUAAAUCGCUAAUUACAGCCAAACUUACACAAAUCAGUUCCAAUAUGCCUUCAAGCCCUGAUAGCUCAUCUGAUUCUUCAACUGGAUCUCCUGGAAACCAUGGUAAUCAUUAUAGUGAUGGUCCUAAUCCUGAAGUAGAAAGCUGUUUACCUGGAGUGAUAAUGUCACUGCAUCCCAGAUAUGUCUCUUUCCUUUGGCAAGUUGCAGACGUAGGUAGCAGCCUAAAUAUGCCACCUCUUAGAGAUGGAGCAAGAGUGCUUAUGAAACUUAUGCCACCAGAUAGCACAACAAUAGAAAAAUUAAGAGCUAUUUGUUUAGACCAUGCCAAACUUGGAGAAAGCAGCCUUAGCCCAUCUCUUGACUCGCUUUUCUUUGGUCCUUCAGCUUCACAAGUGCUAUACCUAACAGAGGUAGUCUAUGCCUUGUUAAUGCCUGCUGGUGCACCUCUGGCAGAUGAUUCCUCUGAUUUUCAGUUUCACUUCUUGAAAAGUGGUGCCCUAUCCCCUGUCCUGAGUAUGCUAACCAGAAAUAACUUCCUACCAAAUGCAGAUAUGGAAACUCGAAGGGGUGCCUACCUCAAUGCUCUUAAAAUAGCCAAACUGUUGCUAACUGCCAUUGGCUAUGGCCACAUUCGGGCUAUGGCAGAAGCUUGUCAGCCAGGUGUAGAAGGCAUGAAUCCCAUGACAUCGGUCAAUCAAGUUACUCAUGAUCAAGCAGUGGUGCUGCAAAGUGCCCUUCAGAGCAUUCCUAACCCGUCAUCUGAGUGUAUGCUUAGAAAUGUGUCAGUUUGUCUUGCUCAGCAGAUAUCUGAUGAGGCUUCAAGAUACAUGCCUGAUAUUUGUGUGAUUAGCAUUCAGAAAAUUAUCUGGGCAUCAGGAUGUGGGGCAUUACAGCUAGUUUUUAGCCCAAAUGAAGAAAUCACUAAAAUUUAUAAGAAGACCAAUGUAGGCAAUGAGCUGGACUUGGAAGAUGAACAAGUCUGCCGUGAAGCAUUGGAAGUGAUGACGUUGUGUUUUGCUUUGAUUCCAACAGCCUUGGAUGCUCUAAAUAAAGAAAAGGCUUGGCAGACAUUCAUUAUUGACUUACUGUUGCACUGUCACAGCAAAACUGUUCAUCAGGUGGCACAGGAGCAGUUCUUUUUAAUGUGUACCAGAUGUUGUAUGGGACACAGGCCUCUGCUUCUCUUCAUUACUGUGCUCUUUACUGUUUUGAGGAGCACAGCUAGAGAAAGAGCUAAACAUUCAGGGGACUAGUUCACUCUCUUAAGACACCUUCUUAAUUAUGCUUACAACUGCAAUAUUAAUGUACCCAAUGCUGAAGUUCUUCUUAAUAAUGAAAUUGAUUGGCUUAAAAGAAUUAGUGAUGAUGUUAAAAGAACAGGUGAAACGGGUGUGGAAGAGACAAUCUUGGAAGGCCACCUUAGGGUAACAGAAGAGUUAUUGGCCUUUCAAACUCCUGAGAAGAAGUUUCAUAUUGGUUGUGAAAAAGAAGGUGCUAAUCUCAUUAAAGUUGAUGAUUUCGUCUUCCCUGCAUCCAGUGUUUACCUGCAGUAUAUGAGAAAUGGAGAGCUCCUAGCCAAACAGGCUAUCCCAGUCUGUAGUUCACUAGCUACAAUUAAUGCUGGUUUUGAGUUACUUGUGGCCUUGGCUGUUGGCUGUGUGAGGAAUCUCAAACAGAUAGUGGAUUCUUUGACUGAAAUGUAUUACAUUGGCACAGCAAUAACUACUUGUGAAGCACUUACUGAGUGGGAAUAUCUGCCACCUGUUGGACCCCACCCACCAAAAGGAUUUGUGGGGCUGAAAAAUGCUGGUGCUACUUGUUACAUGAAUUCUGUCAUUCAACAACUCUACAUGAUUCCCUCCAUCAGGAAUGGUAUUCUUGCAAUUGAAGGCACAGGUAGUGAUGUAGAUGAUAUGUCUGGGGAUGAGAAGCAGGACAAUGACAGCAAUGUUGAUCCCAGGGAUGAUGUAUUUAGAUACCCUCAAAAGUUUGAAGACAAACCGGCAUUAAGUAAAACAGAAGAUAGGAAAGAGUAUAAUAUUGGUAUCUUAAGACACCUUCAGGUCAUCUUUGGCCAUUUAGCAGCUUCUCGACUGCAAUACUAUGUGCCCAGAGGACUUUGGAAACAGUUCAGGCUUUGGGGUGAGCCUGUUAACCUCCGUGAACAACAUGAUGCUUUAGAAUUUUUUAAUUCAUUGGUGGAUAGUUUAGAUGAAGCUUUAAAAGCCUUAGGACAUCCAGCUAUGCUCAGUAAAGUCUUAGGAGGCUCCUUUGCUGAUCAGAAGAUUUGCCAAGGCUGCCCACAUAGGUACAAAUGUGAAGAAUCUUUUAUGACUCUGAAUGUAGACAUUAGAAAUCACCAAAACCUUCUUGAUUUUUUGGAACAGUAUUUCAAAGGAGAUUUAUUGGAUGGUGCAAAUGCAUAUCAUUGUGAAAAAUGCAAUAAAAUGGUUGAUACUGUAAGCUUGCUAAUUAAAAAAUUACCUCCUGUUCUUGCUAUCCAACUCAAAUGAUUUGACUAUGACUAGGAAAGAGAAUGUGCAAUCAAGUUCAAUGAUUAUUUCGAAUUUCCCCAAGAGCUGGACAUGGAACCUUACACAGUUGCAGGAGUUGCUAAGCUGGAGGGAGAUAAUGUAAACCCUGAGAGUCAGUUGAUACAACAGAAUGAGCAGUCUGAACGUGAGACAGCAGGAAGCACAAAGUACAGAUUUAUGGGUGUGCUUGUACACAGUGGUCAAGCAAGUGGAGGACAGUAUUAUUCUUACAUAAUUCAGAGGAAUGGUGGAGAUGGUGAGAGAAAUUGCUGGUAUAAAUUCGAUGAUGGAGAUGUAACAGAGUGUAAAAUGGAUGAUGAUGAAGAAAUGAAAAACCAGUGUUUUGGGCCGGGGAUUUAGCUCAGUGAGUACAUGGGUGAAGUGUUUGAUCACAUGAUAAAGCACAUGUCAUACAGGCAUCAGAAAAGGUGGUGGAAUGCUUAUAUACUUUUUUAUGAACGAAUGGACACAAUAGACCAAGACAACGAGUUGGUAAGAUAUAUAUCGCUUGCUGUCACCACAAGACCCCAUCAGAUUGUUAUGCCAUCAGCCAUUGAGAGAAGUGUACACAGACAGAAUGUCCAAUUCAUGCAUAACCGAAUGCAGUACAGUCUGGAGUAUUUCCAGUUUAUGAAAAAACUGCUUACAUGUAAUGGUGUUUACUUAAACCCUCCUCCAGGGCAAGAUCACCUGUUGCCUGAAGCAGAAGAAAUUACUAUGAUUAGUAUUCAACUUGUUGCUAGGUUCCUCUUUACUACAGGGUUUCACACAGAGAAAAUAGUCCGUGGCUCUGCCAGCGAUUGGUAUGAUGCGUUGUGUAUUCUCCUUCAUCACAGCAAGAAUGUACGUUUUGGGUUUGUUCAUAAUGUCCUUUUUAAUGUUUCAAAUCGCUUCUCUGAAUGCCUUUUGGAAUGCCCUAGUGCAGAAGUGAGAGGUGCAUUUGCAAAACUUAUAGUUUUUAUUGCACACUUUUCCUUGCAAGAUGGACCAUGUCCUUCACCUUUUGCAUCUCCUGGACCUUCUAGUCAGGCUUAUGACAAUGUAAGCUUGAGUGAUCACUUACUAAGAGCAGUCCUAAAUCUCUUAAGAAGGGAAGUUUCAGAACAUGGACGUCAUUUACAGCAGUAUUUCAACUUGUUUGUGAUGUAUGCCAAUUUAGGUGUGGCAGAGAAGACACAGCUGCUGAAACUGAGAGUACCUGCUACCUUUAUGCUUGUGUCUUUAGAUGACAGCCCAGGCCCUCCGAUCAAGUAUCAGUAUGCUGAGUUAGGCAAAUUAUACUCGGUAGUAUCACAGCUAACGUGUUGCAAUGUCUCAUCAAGAAUACAGUCUUCAAUCAAUGGUAAUCCUCCUCUUCCCAAUCCUUUUGGCGAUCCUAACUUAUCACAGCCUAUAAUGCCAAAUCAGCAGAAUGUGGCAGACAUUUUAUUUGUGAGAACAAGUUAUGUGAAGAAAAUUAUCGAAGACAGCAGUAACUCAGAAGAAACUGUCAAAUUACUUCACUUCUGCUGCUGGGAGAAUCCUCAGUUCUCAUCUACUGUCCUCAGUGAACUUCUCUGGCAGGUUGCUUAUUCCUAUACCUAUGAACUCUGACCCUAUCUGGAUCUACUUUUGCAAAUCUUACUGAUUGAGGAUUCCUGGCAGACUCACAGAAUUCAUAAUGCUCUUAAAGGAAUUCCAGAUGACCGAGACGGACUAUUUGACACAAUCCAGCGCUCUAUGAAUCACUAUCAAAAAAGAGCAUACCAGUGUAUAAAAUGUAUGGUAGCACUCUUUAGCAAUUGUCCUGUUGCUUACCAAAUCCUACAGGGCAAUGGAGAUCUUAAAAGGAAGUGGACCUGGGCAGUGGAAUGGCUUGGAGAUGAACUUGAAAGAAGACCAUACAUUGCCAAUCCUCAAUACACUUACAACUGGUCUCCUCCAGUGCAGAGCAAUGAAACCUCAAAUGGCUAUUUCUUGGAGAGGUCACAUAGUGAGAUGACACUUGCAAAAGCUUGUGAACUCUGUUCAGAGGAGGAUCCAGACAACCAAGAUGCCCCAGAUGAGCAUGAGUCACCUCCACCUGAAGAGGCUCCAUUGUACCUCCAUUCACCUGAAUCUCAGUAUCAACAGAAUAAACAUGUGCAUGGACAGCCAUAUACAGGCCCAGCAGCACAUCACAUGAACAACCCUCAGAGAAUUGGCCAGCAAGCACAGGAAAACUACGAAGGCAGUGAAGAAGUAUCCCCACCUCAAACCAAGGAUCAGUGAAAUGCAUAUAAUAAACUGGUUCCCUCUAGACUGUGCACCCAGGCCUUAUAGUCCAACCUUUUUUCUGUGUCUAGCUAAUAUUUAAAACUAGAAAAAAUAUUCCUGAUCAACAUGGAGUGGAGAGUUUAUUCACUGUCUUAUCUGCAGAAAUUUGCUGUCAAUAUAUAACCCACCUGCAGUGGAAAGUGUAUAGCAUUUUGUAAUAAAUGGCCUGAUGCUAAUGUGUAAAUGGCAAAGGUGUAUAUAGUAUAUUAAUAUUGACUGUUAAUUCUUAAGCAAGAAACUUUUUUCUUGAUGAGACUCCCAGAUCUACAAAAACUACAAGUGUUUGCCUGCCUCUUGGCAAUUGGAUCAACUCCUUUACAAAAACAAAAACCAACAGCAACAAAACAGCCCAUUCAUGUCAGCCACACCAAUAGUUUCUUGUUAAUUCUUUGCCACUGGAAUCACUUUUACUAUGAGCAAUGUAAGGCUGGUAACUUUUAUUUGGUUGAUGAGGAAAUUGGUGAUGUAACAUUGUUUCUAGAUAUUUUUCAUUGCCUUUUUUAUUCUGAUAUUAGGUUAAUCACUUUGAAGCUAUAGUUAUGCUGCAACAUGUAGCAUGGCUUCACACCAAGUUAGUGUAGCCAAUGAGGACAAAAUUACCACAAUGACUGCAGCUGUCUUGGCGUGAGGGCUGAAUUGGUCAGCUUUUCCUCCUUACACCUAGAAUAUAAAAUAUGAGAUAAGGGAGAGAUGUGACAAACAGGCCGUUUUCAGUUGCACGUAGGCUCCUUCUUUCUGUUUAACAGUUGAGUCUCUGGGUGGGAUGAAGAACACUUAAAUAUCAGUAAUGGGAAUUUAAAACAAAUAUGCAAACAGUUUGCUAUGCCAGGAUGCUGGAGCAUAAUAGAAGACUGUAUUUGGUGUGAUUGUUUGUUUCUUACAGCUUAUUAGGUGAAUCUUCUACAACUUUCCUUCUGCUGGAUCCCAGUGAUGUGGAAGUUAUCAGAAUCCCACAGUACUUGGAGUACCUCUGCACCAAGAUGUCUGGCUGAUUUUCUGCUCAGUCACAAUUUUACUUGAAAGCAAGAAUUGUCCUAGCUCCUUUCAUUAUUCCAAAAAUUUUAACAUUCACAGCAGGGUCUAAUUAAAAAAGAAACUACUGGUUAGUUAAUUGAGUUAUCAUAAUUUCAGAAUAAACAUGAUUAAAGACAAGGAACUAAUCAGUGAAUACUGUAUUUAAAAGAAUUGGUGGCUUGAAUGUGUGUAAUUUUUUGGAAACUGUCUAAACACCAAAUACCCCCUGCAAACAGAUACAGCCCACCCUAUUCUAUUUAAAUAUUUUGCUGUUUUAUUUUAUAGAAAUUAUUUUGCUGAAUUCACAAAUAGAAUUUGAUUUAAGAA